CAAUCUUUCAAUUUUCGUGCGUGCGGAGCAGAAUCCGCGUUGAUAAAAUUUAACCCAAGCACGUACGGCGCGUAUUUGUGUACCGUUUGAAUCGAAUAAUUUGCAGAAUGUAUUAUUGCAAGCUUUUUAUUUAAUUCUCCACAAGUAACAGUAUUCGGUUUAAAGUAAAAUUACAAUUUUUUUGCCUCGUUCUAACGGUUAUUUCGCGAGAACGCAGCAAAAGCCGGUAAAUGGACAAUUAAAACGAAAUAAUACUGUAUGCAGGAAAAGAAACCGUUUUAGAAAUUGUGAUAAGAAUUUGUUGAUUUUCCUGUAAAUAUCGCGCUGCAACGUGGGUGGCCAUUAUCAUAAUAGAUAAUAACAAAAACGAACGCUGCCGGCUGCAAUUAUGAAAAGGUAGAAGGGGCAACAACAAAAGGGAGGAGCAGCUGGAAGCUGGAAGAUUUUGUUGCAUUGUUGUUUGCAUGUCCCAUGUUCCCCCCCAGAGGUCGUUGGCGCUAAGGUCACGCAGAACCCAGCCCAGUGCAAGUGACAAAAACGAAAAAAACAACAACCAAAAGGAGAACAAGCAGAGUUUUCUUAAUUCUCCCACCCACGCUUAAAACAACAACAGCAAAAACAACGUGUGUGUGUGUCGCCGCAUGGCUCAGGCAAACGGUUAAUCUUCAUGUGUGUGUGCGUGCCUGCUGUGUCGGUGUGUGAUUUUGUGUGCUGCCCCGCUCUCUCCCGCGCAAUUUUGUAAGGAACGAAAAUCGAAAAUGACAACCAGCAGCAAUGCGGCGGUGGAGAGACAGCAAAAUGUGAGGAGCGUCAGCCGUAACAGCGAAGAGUGCCGCUGAUGGCCGCUAGAAAUGUGCGUUCUAAAUUUUUACGAGUGUACGCAGAGCAUUGAAUUUUAACGAGUGUACAUCGUAGAUGUCGGUGAAGGAGGAGCGUGAUGUGCGGAUGGCAGGCAGCAGCAGCAGCAGCAGCAAUUUAAAACAAUUCAGGCAGGAAAAUAAUGCUUAAAGUAACGCAAAGGAAAUUGCAUGCUUAGCCAUAGAAAAAUAACUGAAAAAAAACAGUAACAACAAAGAAAAAAGGAAAGAAAGCAAAGCAAAGCUGUGUGGCAGAAGAGGGUUGGUUGGAACACCUCCUUGUAAGGAGCACGUGACACACACGACGCCAUUUUGUAACGGUAAUUGGCAGACGGCACACGUGAACUGAAGAACAACUAAACGUCCGCUAACACGCCCCACAACAACAACAACAACAACAGCAACACCACCCCCUCCACCAUUACGAGCAACAACAACAGAAUCAUCAUCAUCAUCGCCUCCUCAUCAUCAUCAUCAUCAUCAUCAUCAGGACGAUGGCCGUUAGCAACAUUGUCUGCGAAUGGCUACGUGCCUUGGGCCUGGCCCAAUAUGCCGAAAGUUUCCUCGACAAUGGCUAUGAUGACCUGGAGAUAUGCAAACAGGUCGGUGAUCCCGAUCUGGAUGCCAUCGGCGUUGAGAAUCCUUCCCAUCGACACAAGCUCCUGAAGAGCAUACGCUCGCUGCGGGAGAAGGGCGCCGCCUCGGUAUACUUUAUGCUCAACGAUCCGAACUCAUUGUCGGGCAGCAUGGAGAUACUCUGUGAAACGCCGCCCAGUAACGACCUGGAGAUGGUGCUGGGCGAACAGCUGGAGACGGACGGAGUGCGUCUGACAGCGCAUCCAUAUUCAACACCGGAUGGACAACGCGGCCAUUUAGAGGGCCUGGCAUCCGUCUAUUGUGAGUUGUUAAUGGCUCCCUUUGGAGAUAUUUUAAGUGCUUUAGAGAGUGCCAGGCAGGCGGCCUGGGCGGAUCACAGUCCGCUCCACAAUGCCAACAGCGGCGGCGGCAGCGGUGCUGGCGGCAGUGGCAGUGGCACCGCCAGCGGCGCCAGUGGUGCCAGCGGCAGUGGUGGCAGCAACCGUAGCGGCAUCGGCAGCGGCGGCGGACUCCAUCACCGUCAGAAGCACGGCCAUCGGGGGCAUUCAAUGCACGGCGCCGGCCUGCCCAAUAGUCAUAGUCAGCCUAUUUAUGUGCCCGGAAAGUAUUCGCCCUCCAGCUGCUUGUCCGACAAGGAGGAGGACGAAAUCUAUGGCUUUGGCUAUGGCGUGUUUGCACCGCGUGUGGCACGCGGCGGCCUGACGCAACAGCAGCAGCUGCUGCAACAGCAAACUCUGCAGACGCAACAGAGCAUACAGCAGCAGCAGCAGAUGCAGCAGCAACUGCAACAACAGCAGCAGCAACAGCAAUUACCCAACGUGCCAGGACAACAGCAGGCGGGAGGACCCGGCGGCGGACAGGGUGGAGUAGGACCGCAACAUCAUCAGACACUGCCACCGAAUGUAGCCCAUCUGAAUUUUGUGCAACAAAACUGCCUGAGUCCGCGCUCUGCAUAUUUCUAUGAAUUUCCACCGACAGCUGAGGGACGCGAGACAAAGAAACGCACCACAUUGGCCCGACUGCUGAAAGGCUUGAAAACUGUCAAUCGACGGGAUCGCAACAAUCAACAAAAUGGCGCACAGGCCAGGGCCGCCAACGAUCGUCUGAGGCACUUUCAAAUGAUAAACGGCGGUGCGGGCGGACAGCAGCACAGUUUCGAAGAGACAAUCCAUAGGUUGAAAGUACAAGAGGCCAUGAGGAAAAAGGAAAAAUUUCAACGUGAGCACGAGGAGAUUCUGCGUGACAUACGUCAGGGUCUGUUGCAAAUGAGUCGCGGCGAGGGACGUAUGGUCUAUCCCUUUGCAGACGACACCUACAUGUACGACGAGGCGCUCAGAACUGGGGCAGGCGUAGGCGUGGGCGUGGGCAUGGGCGGAGGCAUGGGCGGCAUUCCAGGCGGGGCCCACUAUGCGGUGAGUGCGCUGCACCAUCAAGGUCAUUGGUACGACGAGCCGCCCUACGAAAGCGAUCCCGAUGACUUCCUGAUGGCCGGCCUCAAUUGCGGACCCGCUGCCACCAUUCAGGGUGGCCGUGUACGGUUCUCGAACAACCGCGAGAGCACGGGCGUAAUUUCAUUAAGAUCCGCCGGAGAUAUUUCACUACCGCAACGAGGGCCGCCGCGUCGAGGUCUUAUCGUGCCCCAACAGCCGCCAAAUCCACCGACAAUAAUACCCUUAACGCAUGCCAGAUCCCAUGAUCGUGAGAGCGGCGACUAUGCGGGCUCCAUCUCAGAUCUACAAAGUGUUACCUCCAGGCUCAGUGCUGUGUCGAUUGGCACCAACAAUUGCACGGCUCGAUAUCGAACGCUGAGCGGCGGCAUCGGGGAGUCACCCUCGUUGUCGCCCAGCCCCUCAUCGGAUUACGAGGACAUUGGGGCCACACGGAUGCACGGCCUGGCCCCCAGUCUGAUGGCCGCGAAGGCUAAAAAGAAUGGGCUGCCGCACGGCAAGGCGAACACGAUUUGCCAGAAGGCCACAGUGCAUCAUUCGAGCGAGAUGCGUAGCUCGCCAAAGGAAAUUGGCGCUUUUAAUGAGAAUGGACGGAACUUUGUUGCCACAAAGGAUACAUCGAGGGAUUUCAGCAACUCCCAAGACAAUACCGACCGUGGCAGCAUGAGCGAUCAGGCGUUUGCCUGUUCGGCCAGCUCCGUCGAAAGUUUGCCCAGCGCUUCCGGUUCGAGCACACAGGCUCUGGUGCGUCCCGGAAGUCCACACAGCUCCAUAUCGGCCGAGGAUCGCACAUCCAUGACGGUCCACAGCGGCAGCAUCUGCAAGGCCAAGGCCCUCGUGGACAGUCUGCCCAAUCCCUACGACAAGGAGGCGCUCAAAUUUAAGAAGGGAGAGCUCAUCGAUGUGCUGUCGAUGAAUGCCUCGGGCAUCUGGAAGGGUCGAUGCCACGGCCGCGUGGGACACUUCAAGUUCAUCAAUGUGGAAGUGCUGCCGGAGCAGCGCCUGAAGAACUCCAGCAGCAAGACCCUGGCCCCCAGCUCCCGGCUGGGCGGCAGCAACAGUGCCUGCAACAGCAAUGCGAACAGCAACAACGGUGGUCCCUGCUCCGUGGAGGAUCUGCUGGUGCGCAUCGGCCUCAAGGAGUACACGUCCGUGUUCGUGCUCAACGGGUACGAGGAUCUCGAGCUGUUCAAGGAGCUGGAACCCGCCGAUCUCGACUAUCUGGGCAUACUCAAUCAGGAGCAUCGGGCCAAGCUGCUGACGGCUGUGCAGCUGCUGCAUGACAUUGAAUCUACAAAUUUCACCCGUACAGGCUCCGACGUGGACAUAGCCGGCUCCAGCUCGGAGAACGAUGAGGCGCGGCUGAACAACAUCAAUAAGAAGCACGGCGCCUCGCCCUUUGGCCGGCGACACUUUCCGCGGGACUCGGGGUGCUACGAGGGCUCGCCGCUGCCCAGCAGCCAGACACCGACGCAGACGGUGAACUCGACGGACGAGUCGAACAGCCUGGACGAUGUGGUGACCAAGUGCUCCAGCGAGAUUAUGAAGCGCGUGGAGAGUGCGCGACGGUGCAAGGACAAUCCAUUCAAGGCCACGCUGCCGGGCGGCCGGGUGGGCAAGAAGUCAUUUCUCGGCGGUGGCGGACUUAUGGCUGACGAUACGCUCACACGUGGCGGACUCAGUGAGAAGUCGAGCGAUUCGGGCGUCAGCAGCAGUUCGCUAUCGUCGGGUCCGCUGAAGAGCAGCACUUAACAUUUGCCCACAAUCCUGGCCCACGAGCUGCUGCUCGGCGUGGGCGCCGGCAUGGGUCUGGGCCUGGGCCUGGGUCACAGUCACGGCCUGACCCACGGCGGCACCGGCGGCAGUGUGGGCGCCACAUCGCCCACCACAU